CCGAAAACAGCUUUAUUGAAAGAUCACUCAUAUCACAGUGUCUCGCGCUAGAUCUACUCUUUCUUUUUACUAUCUGAAUGGCUUCGCUUGCUAGCUUUCUGCCUGCACCGAAGGCGCGCCCGAGCAAUGCGACCGCGUUCGACCCGUCGCUUGACAUGAGCGACGACGAGGAUGGCCACGACGACUAUGCGGCGCUGGGUGCGCGAGCUGCUGGUGGCGCGGGUGCCUCAUCGACGACGACGACGACAACCACGUCCAUUCUAACGUCCAGCGGUCGUUCUAUUUCCAUCAAGCCAUCGCGUGCGCCGCGGUAUGGCCAGCGCAAGGGGUGGGUGCCACGCACGGCCGAGGACUUUGGCGAUGGCGGUGCCUUCCCCGAGGUGGCCGUCGCGCAGUACCCGCAGGGCAUGGGCAAGCCACGCUCGACGACGUCCAACGCGCUGCAGAUGAAGGUCGAUGCGUCGGGACGCGUCCAGUACGAGGCUGUGCUUGGUGCGAACGACCGGCAGAUUGUGCACGCCAAGAUGGACUCGAUGCUGACCAAAGACCUGACGAUUCGUCCCGCCAUGCCGAGCGAGGCGGCGAUCGAAGCCACCACAGCGGCCACUCGCGACGCGCUCGAACGCAUCGCAAACACCAAGAUUGCCGCAUCCACCACCAUUCAGCACGCACAGAAGGCUGCCGAGUCGACCUUUGUGCGAUACACACCGGCCAACCAGGGCGACUCGUUCAACUCUGGCGCGUCGCAACGCAUCAUUCGCAUGGUCGAAGCGCCCAAGGACCCGCUCGAACCGGGCAAGUUCCUGACCAACAAGAAGGCCAUUCGCGGCCCUCCGUCACCGCCGCCACCGGUCAUGCACUCGCCGCCACGGAAAAUCACUGCGCAAGAAGCGUCCGACUGGAAAAUCCCGCCAGUCGUCUCGAACUGGAAAAACCCGAACGGCUACACCAUCCCCCUCGACAAGCGUCUCGCUGCCGAUGGUCGUGGUCUGGCCGAGCACUCCAUCAGCGACAACUUUGCCAAGGUGACGGAGGCGCUCUACAUUGCAGACAAGAAGGCUCGCGAGGGCGUCGCGCUCCGCAAUGAAAUUCAAAAGCGCGUUGCGCAAAAGGAGAAGGAGGCGCACGAGGACACCUUGAGACGCAUGGCCAUGGAGAGCCGCCAGCAGCGGUCUGGCAUUCCCGCCGGCGCUGCUGCAACAUCCGCCGCAGCAGCGUCGAUUGCCAACUACGCCAACUCUUCCGACGACGACGAAGAGGAGGAGAAGGAAGCGCCCCGUCGGCCUGCGGAGCGUUCUAGUGCGCCCGCACGCUCGUCGGGAGACUACCGAGGCGGCCGUGACGAUGACGAGGACAGCACUUCACGCGAAGAUGCGCGAUCUGCCCGCGAGCGCGACGCUCUGCGUGCCGAGAUGAAGCGCGAGCGAGACCGCGAGGCCCGCCAGAGCAAGACCAAGACUGGACGAGAGCGCGAGCGCGACGUCAGCGAGCAGAUUGCAUUGGGCAUGCCGGCCGUCAACCGCGGCGCGACGGAAGAGUCGCUGUACGACACGCGGCUGCUCAGCCAGGCAGGCUCGGCACCCAACCUCGGUGACGAGGAUGGCACUCAGAUUUACGACAAGCCACUCUUUGCCCAGGCUGGCAACAGCGUUUACCGGCCAAAGAAGGGCGUCGACGAGGAGAUUUAUGGCGAUGCAGACGUGGAUGCUCUGAUCAAGAAAAACACUGACCGAUUCCAUUCCGACAAGGAGUAUAGCAGCGGCGAACGCGGCGGUGCGGGCCGACGCGAUGGGCCUGUCCAGUUUGCCCGUGGCGAGACCACUGGCAUCCAGCCGCAAAGCACGUCCCGCCGUGACCGCAGCGCGUUGGACGCGGCCGACGCUGCUGUCGACGCGCAAGGCGAUCAUGCACCCAACGACGACGACCUCUUCUCGGGCCUCAACAAGUUCCUCUCCGACGCAAAGAAGGGAGGACGCAGCGCCAUUGACAAGAUUGGCGGGCGUGGAACCCUGCAUGCGGGGGCUGCAGGUGGCGGCAUCAACGAAGGCGGGCGACGAGACAAGGUUGCGUUUGACGCGCAGCGAGAGCCCGACGAGCCACCAGUAAAGCGCUCUCGGCAACAUCUGAACUAAAAGGAGCGAGCACCACGAAUCCUUCUCUCUAUCUCUCUCUGCUCUCCGCGGGGUUGUUGCAUCGGUGCAGCCUGGUUUCCAUUCUGCCUCAGUAGUUUUGUUGUUUUUUUUUUCUGUUCUCAAUCUAAUCCGUUGCACACAUUGCCAA